ACCGGCAAAACCCUGGGCCACCGAAGCAGAGUGCAAGAACUUAACCACUUGGCCACGGGGGAUUUUUAAGUGCAUAGUUCAGGAGUGUUAAGUACCUUCACAUUGGUGUGCAGCCAGUCUCCAGAACUCUUCAUCUUGCAAAACGGAUUUUUUUUCACUCCUUCAAAAAUCCCAGAGUUCCAUGUAACAUCUUCCCGAGUGUUGUGACUAAUUUCCUUGGUUGAAAAGAAAAUCAUCACCAAGUGAAGUAUCAAAGCCUCUGUGUAUUCAAGUAAUUAAACAGUGUCUAGCAGAGAUUAAGAAGCCACCAGUGGCCCCGAAGCCAAAAUUUGUGGUGGCAAAUAAUAAGCCAGCUCCACCUCCUGUUGCACCUAAACCUGAUAUUGUGAUUUCUAGUGUUCCACAAUCAACAAAGAAAACUAAACCAACAAUAGCCCCAAAACCGAAAGUUCUGAAGGGCUCACCUACUCGAGACAUCGGGCAAUCACCAUCGAGGAAAAUCAUCGUGAAUCUGGAAGACCAUAAACAGGAAUUACUUGAAAACGCUGACAACUCUAAUUGCAAAAAUAUAGGGCAUCAGAGUAGUGGUUAUGUUUUACCAAUGUGUUCCUGCAGUUCUGAGUGCAUCCAUAAGCUUGGGAAUAGAGAAAAUUUGUGUGUAAAGCAGCUUGUCUUCGAGUCCCUAGAAAUGCAUGAAAAUUUAGAAAAUAGUAAAAUUGAUGAGUCUCCUUCAGCUAUAAAAACAAGGAGUAAAUAUGAUUCUAAUGGUGAGAAGGUCAAGAGCCAGUGUGGAGUCAUUUUAAAGGCAAGCAUCCUAGAAGAGAAGCUCAAAGAUGUUUUAACACAUCGAACGUCACCUUUUAUUUCCCCACAGAAGCACAGAUCCACUGACAGCCCAGAAAUGAAUGAUGGCUGUAAUCCCAACAGACAAUUCAGAAUUGAGUUUGCGGAUUUGUCACGUUCCCUGUCCAGCUUUGAAAAAGUUCCUAAUUUUCACUUUUGCCACCUGCAGCUUCCUAGUGAUGAAUUUCAAAAUUUUGGAACUUGUCAGGAUGGCAGUGAAAAAAGCAAUACUUGCUUUCAUUCAUCUGAACAAGAAGCUCUAGAAAAUGGUAAAAGGAGUACUUUUUUAUCUUCAGAUGGAGUUGGUAAGAAAUCAGAACUCGAAGAUCUUGGUCCCUUAGAAAUUCACUUAGUACCAUAUACCCCCAAAUUUCCAAUUCCCAAGCCCAGAAAGACGCGCGCUGCUCGACUGUUACGCCAGAAGUAUAUAGAUACUCCUAGUGAAAGUACUGAAGAACCAGAGAAUUUAGAGAAAAGCGCUUCUUGUCUUUUUGAAGAUAAUUUGAAAAACAAUAAAAUCGAUGUUCUUCAUCAGAAUGUUUUGUGUAACCGGGAACAGGUGGACAAAGUGAAGCCAGGAAAUAAAAGUGAAGUCAAUGUGGACUCCAACAGUGACGGACAAAACUUAGUUGAUUCACAGAGAGCCAUGUGUCAUGGAACAUCUUCCUCUGAAAAAAUGGUACCUCCUUUAGAUACAGACUCUAAUUCGAGUUCGGACAGCAAGACACUAGAUGGUUCUAGUAUGUCACUUGCUGAGGACAAAGAGACCAGUUUUAUAAGAUGCAAUACUCUGUCCAUGAGCCUGCCGAAGCAGCUUAAAUUAACUUGCAACGAACAUUUGCCUACGGCCUGUAACCCAGGAGUGUCUGCCCCUCAAAUGCCAAAGGAAUCUACAAUAAAAGAUGAAAGUUCUUCAAGAAUUGCCCCCAAAAAACCUCAAAGACACAGCUUGCCUGCUGCAGGAGUGCUUAAAAAGGCUGCCUCAGAGGAGCUUGUGGAGAAAAGUUCUUACCCCUCAAAUGAAGAAAAAAAUUCAGAGAGGGGUCUAGAAAGAAAUGACCUUGGGCAUUUGUGUGCCCAAAGCCAUGGUAUGUCAUCCUCUGAUAUGCCUAAACGAGCUUCAGAAAAGCCAGUGUGGAAAUUACCUCAUCCUAUUUUACCCUUUUCAGGGAACCCAGAAUCCUUAAAGUCUGUCGCCAUAUCCUCAAAUAGUGAGCCUUCAACUGCCCUGACCAAGCCUAGAGCGAAAUCGUUAUCUGCUAUGGAUGCAGAAAAGUGCACUAAGCCUUGCAAAGACUCUCAAAAGAAAAACUCAUUAAAGAAGUUACUCAACAUGAAGCUGUCCCUCUGUUUCAUGAAGAGUGACUUCCAGAAAUUUUGGUUCAAGAGUAGCCAACUCGGAGACUCGGGUGGGGAGCGAAAAGGGAUUGAAAGUGAUUGGCAUGGCUUGUUGGUAGAAGAGAAGAGAAGUAAACCUAUCAAGGCAUAUUCUGCAGAUAACUACAGCCUGGAAUCCCAAAAGAAAAAGAAGUAUCGGGGCCAGAUCAGUGCGGCUAAUGGACCAAGAGCUGAGUCUUUGGAUGACCAAAUGCUCUCCAGGGAGUCAUCAUCUCAGGCGCCUUGCAAAUCUGUUACAAGUGGCUGUGCACCAGAGUAUGAAAAUGUACGGCAUUAUGAGGAAAUACCAGAGUAUGAGAACUUACCGUUUAUUAUGGCUAUAGGGAAAACUCCAGAGUUGGAAUGGCAGAAUUCCAACAGCACAGAGGAUACUGAUGCAAAUGUGUACGAGGUGGAAGAACCAUAUGAAGCUCCAGAUGGCCAGCUGCAACCUGGACCCAGACGUCAGCAUUCCAGCAGUUCUGGAGCAUCCCAGGAGGGACACAAUGAUCUGGAUCUUGGGCUUAGUGACCUUCCUUCGGAUGAGGAGGAAGUCAUCAACAGCUCUGACGAAGACGAUGUCAGCUCUGGUUCUAGUAAAGGGGAGCCUGACCUGCUGGAAGAUAAACAGGAUGAAGAUAUUGGAAUGAAAAGUAAAGUCCAUCAUAUUGCCGAAGAGAUCAUGAGCUCAGAGAAAGUGUUUGUGGAUGUGUUAAAACUUUUGCAUAUUGAUUUCCGGGAUGUGGUAGCCCAUGCUUCCAGGCAACUUGGGAAACCAGUGAUUGAGGACCGGAUCCUAAAUCAGAUCCUGUACUACUUGCCUCAGCUGUAUGAGCUCAACCGGGAUCUCCUGAAGGAACUAGAGGAAAGAAUGUUGAACUGGACUGAACAACAAAGAAUCGCUGAUAUCUUUGUAAAGAAGGGACCGUACCUAAAAAUGUAUUCCACAUACAUCAAAGAAUUUGAUAAGAAUAUAGCUUUGCUGGAUGAACAGUGCAAGAAAAACCCGGGUUUUGCUGCUGUUGUUAGAGAAUUUGAGAUGAGCCCACGCUGUGCUAAUCUGGCCCUCAAGCACUACCUGCUCAAGCCGGUUCAGAGGAUCCCCCAGUAUAGGCUGCUGCUGACAGAUUAUUUGAAAAAUCUCUUAGAAGACUCUGGAGAUUACAGAGACACUCAAGAUGCCCUUGCUGUUGUUAUAGAAGUAGCCAACCACGCCAAUGACACCAUGAAACAAGGAGAUAACUUUCAGAAGCUUAUGCAAAUUCAGUACAGCUUAAAUGGACACCAUGAAAUAGUGCAGCCUGGACGGGUUUUUCUCAAAGAAGGAACUCUGAUGAAGCUGUCUCGGAAAGUCAUGCAGCCCCGAGUAUUUUUCCUGUUUAAUGACGCCCUGUUGUAUACAACACCAGUGCAGUCUGGGAUGUAUAAACUCAACAACAUGCUCUCACUGGCUGGGAUGAAGGUCAGAAAACCCACCCAAGAAGCAUAUCAGAAUGAACUAAAGAUUGAAAGUGUAGAACGUUCCUUUAUCCUCUCAGCCAGUUCUGCCACAGAAAGGGAUGAAUGGCUAGAAGCGAUCUCCAGGUCAAUAGAAGAGUAUGCCAAGAAAAGAAUCACAUUCUGUGCUAGUAGGAGUCUUGAUGAGGCAGACUCAGAAAAUAAAGAGGAAGUUAGUCCUCUUGGAUCAAAGGCUCCCAUCUGGAUUCCUGAUACCAGAGCCACAAUGUGUAUGAUCUGCACAAGUGAAUUUACUCUGACCUGGAGACGACACCACUGCCGGGCCUGUGGAAAGAUUGUAUGCCAAGCUUGUUCAUCAAAUAAGUAUGGCUUAGAUUACCUGAAAAAUCAACCAGCAAGAGUAUGUGAACAUUGUUUCCAAGAACUGCAGAAAUUAGAUCACCAGCACUCCCCUAAGAUUGGAUCUCCCGGAAAUCACAAAUCUCCUUCAAGUGCCUUAUCAUCAGUCUUACAUAGUAUUCCAUCAGGGAGGAAACAGAAAAAAAUCCCAGCUGCUCUCAAAGAAGUAUCAGCAAACACAGAAGAUUCUUCUAUGAGUGGCUACUUGUACAGAUCAAAGGGCAAUAAAAAACCUUGGAAACACUUGUGGUUUGUCAUAAAAAAUAAAGUGCUAUAUACAUAUGCUGCAAGCGAGGAUGUGGCAGCUUUGGAGAGUCAACCUUUACUAGGAUUCACUGUUACUCAAGUCAAAGAUGAGAAUUCAGAAUCUAGAGUAUUUCAGUUACUGCACAAAAACAUGUUAUUUUAUGUAUUCAAAGCAGAUGAUGCUCACUCAGCUCAGAAGUGGAUAGAGGCAUUUCAGGAAGGCACAAUAUUGUAGCUGUACUGGUUUCAUCUCUUCUGUGAUUCCAAAAGCGUGGAAUUUCAUCAGAAUGGAGUAAACGCAAUACGAACAUUUUAUAUACAUGAACACUGCCAAGAUAUAUCCAACCAAAAUCUUCAUCAGAUUUAAGAAAUUAGUUUGUUAGGUAUAAGGUAAUUUUUAAAAAAUGUUUGUUUUUUCAUGUAUGUUAUUUAUUAAAAUUUUGAUGUUUACUUAAUGGUCAGAAUUAUUUCUGAGACUCACACUGAAUUCUAAAGUACCUUUUCUUUAGAAACCAGAAAAUUUAUCUUAAUAGUGUAUACUGUAUUAACUGUUUGUGACACAGUCCACACUGUUUUCUCAAUGUGUUUUACAGCAGUAACAUUUGUAACAUUCUCACUAGUGAUAAGUCUUUGUCAAUAAAAAACACAUCAAAUUUCCAUGCAGUGUUUGGUUUAGAAAUUAUAAUUAUAAAACUGCUGAUAAAAAAAUGCAUGUCUUUGAAUCAAUGAACUUAGACGAAUUUUUAUAUCUUUUAAUAGAAAAACACAUGGCCAACUUCUACCUCAGUAACUGUGAAAUGAAAUUCCAGUAAAUUACCGAAAGUAUUUCUACUGUUAUGUACCUCUUUUGGCAUGAGAUAAUAUCACAUCAUCAAGGAAUUACAGCAAAGGGAUAGAAUCUGAAUUUUUAUUUAACUGAACUAUGAGUGGGAAAGAAGAUGUCUUUAUUUGCAGAGGAACGCAAAUAAUAAACUCUAUGGCCUUUACAUUGUCUUAUCUUUUUUUAAAAGCUACCAGUUCAAUACAAACAUAAAUGUAUUAUUUUUUUAAAAGCAAAAUAUGGUAAGCAUUAUAUUACAUAAUAUCCCUUGUUAUGGUAAGAGUUCUGAGCCCAAGUGAACGGUGGUUGUAUUUGUAUCUAGAAAGAAUGUUACAUUUCCUAUAAUGUUGUGCUUUAAAAAAUGAACUGGAAUUACCAUAUCAAAAAAGCACAAAUUCUAAGCCAGUAUUAACUGAAAUUGUAGAAUAGCAUUCAUUGUUUAAAGGUCUUUUAAAUAUGACUUUGUCUUAUAUCGUCCCUGGUAAUUUUUUUUUUAAAUCCUUUCUUUCUUUAACCAACUGUCAGUGCACCUCGUUAGGAAAGAUUUAUAUUCAUAAUUCUGGUGCACUUAUUUAAUAUAUGAACUACUUUGUACAUAAAAUUGUUGAUUAGCAGACAAAAAAUGAAAUUAACACUAUGAUUAAAGUAAUUCCUGAUGUUCAUAAUAUCAUUUAUUGACUGAGCUUAAACUAAAUAUAAAUUCUCUUAAAGGGCAAGGUUAUCCAUAGAAUAUUUCAUUAAAGAGCACAAGAAUUUUCCUUUCUGCUUUUAUAUAAAGGAUUUCCUAAUUCAGUGUGGUAUUUAUGAUUGCCAAGAGAAUUGCUGAGUGCCUUUCUGAAGCCUUUUGAAUAUUGUUGCAGCACCAGAGUGCCUGCUAAAUCUAGAGUUGGCUGCUGGAGUUUUUUCUGGCUAUCGCUUGCUAUGGAAUCAUUUUAAAUCUUAUUGCAACCUCACACAUAAUCCUCACAUGCUAUCUCCCAAGUCCUUCUGUCACUGUAAGUAAACUAAUACUUCUUUGCAACUCAUUAAUUUUAAUCAAGAUAGCAUAAAUAAGGCUUCCAUGUUAAAAUCCUUGCCGUUUUUAGUGUAUCCUUUUUGGAGACUAAGGUUAUACCUUAGUAUGUGCUCAUUCCUGCUUCACUGAGUCUACUAUUUUGCAGAACAGGUCAUUUGAAGUUCUUCCCUCCUCCUCUUGAGCUCUCAACCUUCUGACUACAAAGUUUGGUUUAAACCUCAGAAUCUAAUAAAUAUCAGCCAGGCUAUUCUGUCUUCCUACAGCUGGCUGAAUCAAGAACCAGUUAUAUAUCUAAAUAGAAGAAACAUUGCACAAACUUCUAGUAAUUCUCCUAAUUACAUGUGAAACUCAUGUAUGAUUGUACUAGCUAUUGGCUUAGCCCCAUGGAGUAUUUUGAAAAAUAUAAAAUAUAGCCUUUUGAGGAAGCUAUCAGAUUACCACCCCCCCAAAAAGAUAUUUUAAAUGUGAAAUAGUAUUACAUUCCCUUUCCCCCUUAUCAAUCCUUCAUAACUUACUAAAGCUGAUUAUUUCUUUAACUUGGCUCAUUCAGUGUCAACCAAGAACCUAAUUAUACACAUUUUGUUUAAAGCUACUUUAAAAAAAUAUCUCUUGAUAGCUAACAUUUUAGAGGAAAACAUAUUACUGGGUACCUUCUAUAAAUAAGAAGUAUAAAUAGUACCUAGAUCCCAAGGAUACUGUGUUUAUUACACUGAUACAUAUGUUUCCAUCAAACCCUUUUCAGGUAUCUCCUUUCAUUCAUAAGGAGGAGAGAGAAGAGCAGUUAUAAAGCUAAGCGAAAAAGGCUGCUGAAAGUAACCUAGACAAGAGAUGCCAGGUUAAACUAGGGGAAGGCUGGCCUCUUUGGUGCUUGCCCCAGCUAAUGUUCCUCCCUUGUCUGGGACAGCUGUAAAAGUAGAGGACCCACCAAAGUCCUGGGAAGAUGAGAAAGGUUUUCUUCAGCAUCAUCUCGAGGUUCUGAACCUCUCUGCAACCUCUUUUCUCCUGCUGUCUAAUAUUCCCAGUAUCCUCCUUUUGUCCUUUGCCCAAGAUGCUUAACUCUCUCUUCUUCAACCAAAAGCGUGAUUCUUUGAGGAUGUAGCAGCAUUUCUUAAAACGAGAUCAUCAGCAAAUUUUGUUUAAUAUAAAACUGAAAUGAAACAACUAAAUGAAGAAGACAACGUUAAAGUGUAGUUUUGUUAGCUAAAUGUGUAUUUUAUAUUUGGUCAGUAGAAUAUAUCCAGAAAUAGAGAAAGUCUGCUAUUUAGUAAUUUAGUGAAACUGUAAAUGUUGUUACAGCAUAUGUUGAUAUGUCUUGGAGUGUGCUUCCAUUAUACUCAUUUUUUGAAGUUUGAGAUCCACUGUAGUCAAAUGUAGUCAGUGGGAUUUCCAGAGAAGUCAGUCCUGUUUCUCUUAUAAUGCACGUUCCUUGAAGGAAAUACUAUAUCUAAGAUAUCAGUUUCUCACAAAAUACCUACCCUAGGUCUUUUAACAGAAGAUAUUUGUUGAAGAAAGUGAGGACAGGAUUCUUGUCAUCUACAACUCAGACACAGCCCUCAAAACGCCUACAUUUUAACCCAGAUAUUAGACCUACACUGUCCACCAUCCUACAAAGCCUUAUUUGCAACCACCUGUUGGAUAUCUACACAUGAGUCCUUCUUAAGCGUUUUAAACUUUAUGUGACUAAAACUCAACUCACUUUCUUUUCAUUCAAAUCCGUAUAUUUUCUUCUGUAAUAUAAAAAUACCUCUCUAAGCUCCAGAAUCUGCCUCCAUGUCUCAACAAGACUCUGCAGUUGCUCUUGUAUCCUUUCCAUCUUCAUUCCCUUCUGUUUGUGCAGAGGCCCUGUCUCAAGUCCUUGUUUCCUCUUCCCAGUGAUUAGAAUAACUUUUCUUCUAAUUCCAGUGCCUUCUUUGUGUGGUCCCAUUAUAAAUACGCCAGAGCCAUCUUCUAAAGUUCUUCAAAAAUCUAGUUUCAUCCCUGCUCUUUACAAUCUUCAUUGGCUUCCCACUGGCUUGGCAUUGAACGCUUUUCCUCAGGUAUCAUACAAUUCAGCUAACCUCAACCCAACCUCCCUCUGUUCUCAUUGUUUUCUUCUGUUUUCUUACUCUC